CUACUGGUAACGGCUGGGCGGAUGGGACGGGUCUCUCCGCGGCGCGGCCUUUCCCCGCCGAGGGGCUGGGCUGACGUCUGUGAGAGAACCUGAUAUUUCUGGAAACUCUGUCGGGCUGGUUAGUCCAAAGUACGCUCCUACUUGAUUAUUCUGACCCUUUGGAAAGUCAUUGUGGUGGUUACAAAAGCAAAUACUCUUAGAUCCUGGAUUUUCCAAUACCAGCAGAUUGUGAUUUACAGUUCAAUCACAAUGAGACGAAGCUCAAGUACUGCCGGAAGCAGUAGCCGGCAAUCUAUGAUGGCACUGAGAGUGCAGGACAACAACAAGAUGGGUCUUCAAACACCUCAGAUGAAGGACAGAGGUACAUUUGGGAAGCUGAGCAUGAGCAAACCUACAUCUGGAACUUUGGACAGAAAAGUCAGCUUUUUUGGGAAGAGAACUAGUGGGGCUGGAGGCUCACGCAACAGCCAGUAUGGUGUGUUCGGUACAGAAAAGAUCAAGGAUCCCAGGCCACUUCAUGACAAGGCAUUUAUCCAACAGUGUAUCAAGCAGCUUUGUGAGUUUCUUGCUGAAAAUGGUUAUGCCCAUAAUGUUUCCAUGAAAUCACUACAGUCUCCAUCGGUUAAGGACUUCUUAAAAAUCUUCACUUUUAUCUAUGGAUUUCUCUGCCCUACUUACGAACUGCCUGACUCAAAAUUUGAAGAGGAAAUUCCCAGAGUUUUUAAAGAGCUUGGGUACCCUUUUCCUUUGUCAAAAAGCUCCAUGUACACAGUGGGAGCACCACACACCUGGCCUCAGAUUGUGACAGCUUUGGUUUGGUUAAUUGAUUGUGUCAAGUUGUAUGCUGCCAUGAGGGAAAAUGCACCAUCGUUUGAUGAUGGACAGAGCUGGGGAGGCGAGACAGAUGAUGGAAUUGUACAUAAUAAGCUUUUCAUGGACUACUCUGUGAAGUGUUAUGAGCUCUUCAUGAAAGGGAGAGAUACUUUUGAAGAAUUGGAUGCAGAAGUACAGUCAAAAUUAAAGGAUUUAUUUAAUAUAGAUGAAUUCCAGAUAGAAAGUUUAGCAGCUGACAACAAAAGACUUCAUGAAGAGAUUGCCAGACUAGAAAAAGAAAAGGAAACUGAGCCGGAUCGUAGAGUAUCACUAAGAAAUCUGAAAUCAUCUCUUCAAGCAGAUGUCCAGAAAUACCAGGCUUAUUUGACUAAUCUAGAAUCUCAUAUAGCCAUCCUUGAUCAAAAAAUGGAAGGUGUUAAUGAGGAAGUUGAGACAGCAGAAAUGGAAGUAGAAGCAAUGAAGCAGGAGAAUGCCCGUCUCCAGCACAUCUUUGAUAACCAAAAGUACUCAGUUGCGGACAUUGAGAGAAUAAAUCACGAGAGAAAUGAGCUGCAGCAAACCAUUAACAAGUUGACUAAGGAAGUGGAAGCAGAAGAACAUCAGCUAUGGAAUGAAGAGCUAAAAUAUGCAAGGAAUAAAGAGGCGAUCGAAAUGCAACUGGCAGAGUAUCACAAAAUGGCUCGAAAGCUGAAAUUAAUUCCAGUAAGUGCUGAGAAUUCCAAAGGCCACAACUUUGAGAUUCAUUUUAAUCCUGAGACAGGACCAAAUUGCCUAGUCAAAUACAGAACUCAGAUCAAGGCUCCCCUUAUGGAGAUCAUAAACCAGACUGAGGAAGAAAUUAGGAAAGUUACUCAGCGGAAAAUGACAUUGGAAGAUACUUUGGAACAGGUGAAUGUAAUGGUAGUGGACAAGAAAAGCAGUGUGAAAACACUGAAAGAAGAAGCUGAAAAGCUGGAUGAUCUUUACCAUCAAAAGCUUAAGGAGGCAGAAGAAGAAGAGCAAAAAUGUGCAAAUGAACUGGAAUUGUUAGAAAAGCAUAAACAAUUACUUGAGAGUGGUGUCAAUGAAGGCCUCAGUGAAGCCACAAAUGAAUUACAUGAUCUUCAAAGACAAUACCAAGUUGUUAUGCAGACAACAACAGAAGAAAGCAGGAAAGCUGGUGAUAACUUGAAUCGUCUUUUAGAAGUGAUUGCUACUCAUGUUGUAUCAAUAGAAAAAUAUCUUGAUGAACAGAAUGUGAAAAUUGACAGAGACUAUGAAGAAUUCAUGUCUGAAGAUCUAUUGUCAGUCUUAAGCAGAAUUCUAGAUAGUUAUAAAAAGAAGGCUGAAAGUCUGUAAUUACCAGAAAAGUGAAGAUGAAAAUUUUGCUAUUCUGAAGCUCUGGUAUGGUGCCAUCUAAAAGGAUGGGUACUUCCUGCGUUUAGCAGUGAAACUGGUUUUAAGUGCAAGGAAAUGUUUAUGAACUUCCUUUGUUUUAUUGACACAAAUAUAUUAAAGAAUUAAACAAUAUAUUUGCAUUUUCUUAAAGGCUUUGCUUACACAUACUCCUUGCAAUGUAUUAUACAUGAUUCCAAACAUCUGUGACAAGACAGCCGUGGAACAACUCGAUUUCAUUUUUUUCUUUAUAAUCAAAUCAUUUGUGCUCCUCUAGAAACAUUAGUAAGACAAGAGUUCAGUUAACCUGUUAAAGUAACGAGCCAGAGUGGAAUUAAAGAUGGAACCACAGUGACAGCACAAAUGUAGAGGGUAUGGACAACUUGAAAUACUGCUACUUAAAAAUAACUAGUGGGUUUUUAAACAUGUAAGACUGCUAACUGAGAAAAGUUAUGCUUUCCUUUCUGGAGAGUAGUUUGUGUAUUUUGUAAUUUACGUGUGUAUUUAGUGCAGAUGCGUGACAGAGCACAUCUUUCCCCAAGUCUUUUAGUAGGAAGAUCAAAUGUAAAUGUCUUUCAGGCUGCUGCUUGUUCAGUUAUCCAUGAAACUGCCCAGAGACCCCUCUUACAUCAGUAAGAAUUUUCUUUUUUAUUACAAAAAAACUCUGAAAAAAUCAGUAGUAGUUAUACAGUCGUCUUGUAAAUAGUCUAGAGAAAGAAAGGUAGACAAAGUUCUGUCUAUAUAACUGCUCACAGUCCCAGAUGAAACUUCACUAUGCUGCCUGAAUAUGCAUACCAGCAAUAGCUCUAAGUAGGACUUAGACAUAUGAAUCAUGGCAAUAUAGUUGUCACAUCCCAGCUUAACAGUAGUUAAUCAGUUGUAGAUUUGGCUAAUGUUGGAUACAGUAAAAUGAUCUAAAAUGAGUCUGUAUUCUUGUUAGACCAGUAGGACAGAUUCUAUUUGAUUUUUCUUCCUCAGUAAAUUAGCAGUAAAAUUUGUGUAUGGGGAGCUCCCGUUCAAAUGCAUUGAAGAAAAUGUAACCCCACCUCAUGAAUGUGUACUUCUUUCUUCAGUGCUAUGUGGAAGUAGUAUCUUCUUACAUACUCUGUAUAUACCUUUGUGUUUAAGAAAAGAGAAAAAAAGACCAUUUAUGUCUUGGAUAUUUAGUUUAUGAUGGUAUUUCCUAAUAAAAGUAUUGAAGUAUUUGAGUGUUUUUAAGAGUUCAGUAGUAAAUAUAACUGAUUCAAAUAUGCAAUGAUAAAAAAAAACUUUGCAGUCUGUUCAAAAGUUCUUAGCAGCCAAUAGCUAAAUGAAGUUGCCCCUUAAUUCUGUAAUUAGACACAAUAUUUGAAUAAAUUGCAGAUCCUUAGGAUAUACAACUAAACUUGAGUUGGACCAUCUGAACAGAGGCUGCAAAUAAAAACUGAAUUGUCUUUAAAUCUGGGCUAUUUUUGCAGAGCAUUUAUAAAACUCAGUUGUCUGAUGCAUGAAUCUUCAGGCUCGGGUAUGAGAACUUUGAUUUGGAUAUUAUGAUGGCAUUAUUUAAGCUUCUAACUUUAUGUUCUUUCGUUGUACUCUAAGUUUAAUUUGAUGGCUAUAAGUUUUCUGACAGGUGAGUAGUAGUUCUCCUUUCUUCCGUUGUCCUCUUUCAUUUUACCUUUACGAACUCUUUUUCUGUAACAGCCUAGUCAUCAUCUUUCUAAUAUUUUUGUUAUCUGGAGCAAUAGUCUUCUAAUUAAGCAAAACUGUAACCCAGACAGAAUAAUCAUGGUUUUUUUAAAAUAUGCUUAUUUAGGGGCUAUGCUCUCUUGGAUGCCCAGUACUGUUUGUCUGCUUCUAUAGCUGACUGUUCUUGUGUUUGUUGGUAUCUGCAGGUUCUUUGCCAUGUGGAGCAGUCAGUUGACUAAGUAAAUGAAAGCAAAAUAAAUGUCACUUCCAAGGACUAAUACUAACCCAAUGGUAACGGGUUAAAGAAUCAAGGUCACAACCACCCUUCUUCAUGUACUGGCAAAUGUUAUAUUCUGAAAUUAAAGUAAUUUAAGCAAUAAAAAGGUCACAUUUGUAAUGCUGGCAACAUGCUUUGGUUAUUGGGCUGAACUAUUGGUCUGUAUGUCAGUUAAACUAAACUGACUUUUGAACCAGCUCAGGCUUUGAUCUAGGUUUUGUAAAAUACUGUGGGGAUUUUUAUGUCAUAAUAUAACAUAGAUUAACAUCAGCCAAUGUUUACUGGGUAAUAAGUAUUCACAUUUUCAAAUGUACAUAAUUUUUCAGUGCUUCUUGAAAAUGGUUCCUGUGUGAUAUUUGAAGUCAGGUAGUCAGUUAUUUUUUGUGUUCUGGGAUAUGAUUUUUAAAUUUAGACAACAGACACCAGAACAAAAUUACUGCUCUUGUUUUGAUUUUGUUUCUUUUUAACCAGAAUGUAAAGUCUUAAUCAGAAUCUACUGCUGGCACCUUUCACAGGCACCUCUCAGAAUCUACCACUGCACAUCUCAGUAGUAUGAAUUGUUUGUAACUUUGUUUUUGGCUUUUGUAUGGACACAUUUCCCUCUCUGCUACUGUAUCUUCUGUACAGUUUACUUAAUAUGCUGUAAGCUUAUGUAUUUUUAUACUUAAUAAAAUUUAUGAAACCUGAUUCUCUAAAGGAUAGAUUCUUACUGCAAGUAUAGAAACAGGACAUAGAAAGCACCAUUAAUUUGAUUUUCCUAGAAGAACUAGAUAAUUAUCUUAGCAGUAGAUACUGACUCCCUGACUCUCCUUGCUGUUAAGCAUCCAUUGUGUAGAGGAAAAAUAAAUGUAUGAAACACCUGUUUCUGAUAAAUUCCAAAGGAAUAAAAAUCCUUAACAUUUUUAAGCAUAGAUGGCUUCUUAGAAACUUUAAGGAGCAGAGGUUCAAGGUACUUUGACAACUGAUGUAUGUGUGUAGGUAUCCCUUUGGCGUUAACAUUCAAAACCAACCUUUUGCUAGCUUAAGCAUUAAAGGACUAUUUCUUUUACAUUA